CAUGGUAGAUGGCUACAUAGAUGCUAUGGCCGACGCGGCACGGGAUCAUCGUUCCUCGAUCUGCCAACCCCCUACCUGCCUGCCUGUCUGCUUCAUCGCUCCGCUGCCGAAACCAAGGGUGGGCUGUCUUGGAGUCCCAUGUUCCCUUGAUAGAUACAUAUAGUACAUUCAAAUGUGUACAGUACAGUGUACAGUGUGUGUGUAUGGGUGCAUGUACCCAAGCGACAAACGCUCGCAUACAUGCAAACGGGCACCCCCUCACCUCCUUCUCUUCUCCGUCAUGGUCCCCAGCCGGCUGAUUCAUGCUGUUAACAUUUAUGCCUCUCCUUCCUCCGACAACCUGCCACUUGACCAUUUGCCUCCAUGCACCCAUUUGCUGCGUGGGCGGCGACGAUCCCCCAUAAUCGCCCGAGACUAAGACUCGUCGCGUGCCCUCCCGCAUCUAGUUUCGCCUGCUUUGGACAAUGUGGCCUCCCAUGUGCUCCAGGCCUGGGAUAUCCCCUCCCCCCCGUCAUGUGAUUGAUCAUGCUACCUGUUCAUCAACAUUUGCUAUGUUCAAAUGUUCUGAUGAACCCACCCCCGCUUGUCCUGCCAGUGCAGACACUGCUUGCUCCACCAGAGCCCACGCACGUUUUCCCUCUUUGCUGCCCAGACCGACCAACCGACCGACAGACAGAUGGACAGACUCCGAACUCCCUCCCCGAGCCUAGCGGCCUCGACACAAGCCCGCUGCUAGCACCAAACCGUGCUCAAUGACUCGGCCUACCCACACGCUCGCGGAUGCAGCCCUCUGCAGUCGGCCCCCGCACGCGCGCCCCCAGCGCCUCCGAUCCCGGGCUGCCGCGCCUUAACAGCUCGCUCUUAAUUCCAUCUCGGCACCUUAUGGUUGAUGCUAUUGCUUACAUGUACCCUGGAACCUUCCUUCUUCACGUCAAUUGAAAUGAUAUGAUGCCAGCGUCCUUUUGCUCACUCAUGUCCGCACAAUUUACCAUCUUCGCAUCUUAUUCCCGUCCACAGCAUCCCUGCUGUCUAGGCCCACAGCGGCUCGCGUUCCUGAUGUGCCCAAAGGGGAAUGCGAGGGUGGGCCGUCACACCAGGAGUCACGUUAGUAUGAUGCCACAGCAGCAGCAGCAGCAGCAAGAGUGGUAGUAGCAGCAAAUUAGUACUGUAGUGGUAGUAGCAGUAGCAGCACCAUGUACUGUGUGUACAUUGCAUCGGAUCUCACCCAACCAUUCGCCUGCAACCCACCGCUCUCCUGUCGUCACUCAUCAAACACGGUGCGCGGUACAGUGACGCCUGGCUCGCCUUCAUGCCCGUCAUGCCCGUCCUCGAUGCCCAUGACGACACUUCAAGCGCUUCCGUGGUUGUUUGGCGACGCAAAACGUCUUCAACGUUUGCGAACGCGAGCCGUGGUAGCCCUCGAGCUAGCCAAACUUUAUCGCACCGCUCACAUCACAUGGUAACAUGGCGAUUCCAACUCAGCAUCGCAACGGCUUUGGGCGCACCAGAUGCCGCUCCGACCGUGUGUAUGCAGCCGAUCAACGCUACCUCUUCACCAUGACCACUCUCUGCUUCGGGCAUCGACUGUGUCUGCUCGCAGUCUGGCCGUGUUUCUCUCUCGUACUCGCAUGUUUCGCCCCCGUCGCUAGUUCACGUCCGGCAUCGUACCCCGUUGUGGCCCUCGGAUCCAGCCUCUUCACGCCGUGUCUAUGCAAAGGCACCCUGUUACGCACAUGGCGCGUUGCCCUCGUCACCACCAUCCUACCUAUCUGUACAUGACUUAGCACCAAACAGUGUUCCCAAGCACAAAUCCGACAACCGGGUCCACCACCAAGCCUCUGCUCCCCGUCCAUGGUGCAACGGCAUGCUGGUGUGCUGUGCUGUGGUUGACAAACUCCAACUAGCUAGCUAGCUGGCUAGCUAUUGCGUUGCCCUUGUAGCAUACCACCUCCUACCCCACAUCUACAACCCAAUUUACCAUUUCAUCUCUGUUCGUGAGCACUGUGCGCCGAGCUGCAUAUCUUGAAACUACGCAGAGAGGGAGCACGACGUCGGUAGCCGGCAAGACGUUCCAGCCAUUUGCCAAGCACAAGACUGUCGUGUCUCUUUCCCAUCAACUGCCAGUACGAGUAUGGUCGUCCGUCCGUCUCCACUCGCCAUGUACAAUCGACCUCGACAUGGUGGAGAGAAGACUAAGCGCCGAACAAGGCCACUCCACCUUCUGCAUGCAGGAAUCAACCCUCUCUUGGAUCUUGGGCGCGGCUUGUCGCACAGUCCACCAACUCUGAUUUUUCUUUUUCUUUUCCUGCCUCCAAGCCACCGCAUGUCCUGUCCUAUAAAUCUUAUUCACCAAGCCAGCCAGGUGUAUCGUAGUGCAGAUGGGAGACACGUUCCCAGCGGCAUCAGCAACAGCAGCAAUCACCGUAGCCGUCACCGUGUUCAUUCCAAACGUCAAGCAACCCGUGCAGUGUGCAUCAGCGCGCCAAAGCUGGCAGCAGCAGCUGUGUACGACUGUUGA